CCCCCUCCCCCUCUCCUCCCCCGGCUCCCCGGUUGUCUCUCGAUGGUGCAAGCAGCCAUGUUGCCGCGAGCUUGUUCCGGUAUGAGGGCUGGCUGCUGCGCUUAGACAGCAUUCGGACGCAGCGCCCGUCGCUUCCCCACAACCACGUCGAUCAUGGAUCGUACAACCUGAUUCCAAACUUCGGGCAGACAAGCUGCUGGUGGUGGAUCGUCAUCAUCGUCGGGUACUUUGGCUCGGUUGGGUAUAUAUCGGCCAUACCGCAGUGCAGUGCGUUUUCUGGUGAACGGCCGAAUUAGUUAGUCCUAUGAACGCCAGAGCGCCGCUGGCUUUCGUGGAUUUUGGACUUUGGCGUCUCGCGUGUUUGGCACCAGCCCCCUCGUCGUCUUUUCUUCUUCUUCUUCCUCCUCCUCCUCCUCCGCCGCCUGUGGCCGCUGGAGCGCUAGCGGCUAGCGAAUUAGCCUAGUUAGCUCCGCCUUGAAGGAAAGUCGGGCUAGCUCGAUGGACUAAAACAGAAAGAAAGAAAGAAGAUAAAAAACGAAUUCUCACCUGGGACAUGUUACCGUUUUACACGGUGGUGUUUUUAUUCUUUGGACACCCCACCCUGGAUAUCUCGCCGGGGACGAUUGUUUCGUGUGAGUUGGCAAGGUCGGGACGACGGGGACCUCGCCGGGAAUAACUUUGGCCUGGAAGUUUUUUUUUUCGACCUGAUUUUUUUUUCUUUACACAUCGAAAAAAAAAACAUAUUUGUAAGGGGACAGACACAAUAAAAACACAAGACCUGGCGAUAAAUUCGUUUUACGGAAACACACAACAGCCGUUUGUCGUCUAUUCCCUCGGCGUCGUACUGGCUUUAGCAUGCUAGCCACCUAGUUGAACCUUGUCUCUUUAAACCAGCCCCAUUAGCCAGCCAGUGACUCUUUUGAAGGGUAACAACGAACCCGAACCCCUCACAUUGGCAUUGUUUUUUUUUAGUGCCAACAAAGAUGGGACGCGCGGUUGAGCUAGCGAAGCUAACUGAUGUGCAGAUGUGGGAUCCAACUUGUUGAUUCACGGACUGUGACGUGUUGCUAGCGAGCUAGCACUGGGGCUCUUUUUUUCAUUUUGUACCCACACAGAGCUUAAAUGUAUAUAAGCCACUGAUUAGUCAUUCUUUUGGGUCACUGCUCCCUUGCGCCUUUUUGCAUCAACAAAUCAAGUCUUCAAAUCAAGCCGACAUGUCAACAAGAACCCCACUGGUGCAAGUCAUUGAAAAUUCCUCUGUGCAGGACUCCAAGUCGUCGUCCGGCCGCUCCAGCAUGUCGCGGUGUCGGAACUCCAUCGCGACGACCACGUCGGACGAGCAGCCGCACAUCGGCAACUAUCGGUUGCUGAAAACCAUCGGCAAGGGCAACUUCGCCAAAGUCAAGCUGGCUCGCCACGUCCUCACUGGAAAGGAGGUGGCUGUGAAAAUCAUUGAUAAGACACAACUCAACUCCUCCAGUUUGCAGAAGCUCUUCCGGGAGGUGAGGAUCAUGAAGAUGUUGAACCACCCCAACAUAGUUAAGCUCUUUGAGGUGAUCGAGACGGAAAAGACCUUGUACCUGGUCAUGGAGUACGCCAGCGGAGGAGAGGUGUUUGAUUACUUGGUGGCUCAUGGCAGGAUGAAGGAGAAAGAAGCCCGUGCCAAAUUCCGACAGAUUGUGUCAGCGGUGCAGUAUUGCCAUCAGAAGUGUAUAGUACACCGAGACCUCAAGGCAGAGAACCUGCUCCUGGACGCCGACAUGAACAUCAAGAUCGCAGACUUUGGUUUUAGCAACGAGUUCACUCUGGGGAACAAGCUGGACACGUUCUGCGGCUCCCCGCCGUACGCCGCGCCCGAACUGUUCCAGGGCAAGAAGUACGAUGGGCCCGAGGUGGACGUGUGGAGCCUGGGGGUCAUCCUCUACACGCUCGUCAGCGGCUCCCUGCCUUUCGAUGGACAAAAUCUCAAGGAGUUGAGAGAGCGCGUUCUGCGUGGCAAAUACAGGAUUCCGUUCUACAUGUCCACCGACUGUGAGAACUUGCUGAAGAAAUUCCUCAUCCUCAACCCCUCCAAAAGAGGCAGCCUUGAGCAGCAGAUAAUGAGGGACCGAUGGAUGAAUGUGGGACACGAGGAGGAAGAACUCAAACCCUACAUCGAACCCCAACCAGAUUACAAGGACCCCCGGAGGACAGACAUUAUGCUGCAGAUGGGAUUCUCUCAGGACGAGAUCCAGGACUCACUGGUGAAUCAGAAGUACAACGACGUGAUGGCUACCUACCUGCUACUGGAUUAUAGGAACUCUGAGCUGGAGGAGGGUGGUAUCAAGGCCCGGCCCGGAAGUGAUGUAAGCAACAUAAAUGCCCCCUCCCCGCCACACAAGGUACAGCGCAGCGUAUCGUCCAACCAGAAGCCUCAAAACCGCAGAGCUACUGACCAGGGCUCUUCUUACUCAAGGAGAGGAGGGGGGCAAGCAGACAACAGGACUGCCGGAGAGGAUUCCGGGAGGAAAGGCUCAUCAGGCAGCUCCACGACCAAGGUGCCGGCCAGCCCCCUCGUUCCCUCCGACCGCAAGAAGAGCGCCACGCCCUCCACUAAUAGCAUCCUGUCAACCGGCACUGGUCGCAGUCGGAAUUCCCCUCUGACUGAGAGAGACGCACUGGGUCAGGGGAUCCAGAAUGGCAAGGACAGCCUAAACACUCCGGGUUCCCGUGCCUCCACUGCCUCAGCCGCCGCCAUCCUCUCCUCCUCAUCCUCGCGCCCCCGCCACCACAAGUCCUUGUCCUCCUCCAAUCAUCCAUGCCCCUCUGACCUGCAUGCACCACGACCCAGCGCCCCACCUCAGCGGGCACCCGGCGCCUCCCCGUCGGCCCACAACAUCAGCAGCGCGGCGGUGACGGACCGCACCAACUUCUCCCGGGGUGUGGGCAUCCGCAGCACGUUCCACGCGGGCCAGCAACGGGGUGCCCGGGACCAGCAGGGCUCGUCCUACCCCGGCGGGCCCGCCUCGCCGUCGCUCUCGCACGGCAACAGCCAGGCCCGCAGGACGCACGGCGCCACGGGGAUUUUCAGCAAGUUCACGUCAAAGUUUGUGCGCAGAAAUCUCUCGUUCAGGUUUCCAAGAAGGAGUCCGUAUGAGGGAGAGGGUCGGGAAGAAGGGAGCAGAUCCAUGCUGAGCAGCAACGUGGACAAGUCCGAGAAGACGUCCGGCGGCGUUCUCUCCUCGUCGUCCAACAAUGACGAGAACAACUCCUCACCGGGAUCCGGGAACACCGGCAGCACGGGCACGCCUCCCGCCAUCGCCGGCCAGAAGGACUCGGCCAAGCCGCGAUCGCUGCGCUUCACCUGGUCCAUGAAGACCACGUCGUCCAUGGAGCCCACGGAGAUGAUGCGCGAGAUCCGCAAGGUGCUCGACUCCAACAGCUGCGAGUACGAGCUGCGCGAGCGCUACAUGCUGCUGUGCGUGUCGGGCAACCCGGCGCGCGACGACUUUGUCCAGUGGGAGAUGGAAGUGUGCAAGCUGCCGCGGCUGUCGCUCAACGGCGUGCGCUUCAAGCGCAUCUCGGGCACGUCCAUCGCCUUCAAAAACAUUGCGUCCAAAAUCGCCAACGAGCUCAAGCUGUGAGCGGCCGGGGAGGGCGGCGCUUUGAAGGGGCGGAUGGGAGGAGCAGGUUUUGAGUGGGGGUGAGCCAACGAGAGGGGUGGGGGGGGGUGGUCCAGUUUAAUGAACGCCAGUGGUUUCAAGAGGGGCUAAGCCGUUUCUCACCUUACUUUUCUCGAGGUUCCGAUUCCAAGGCAGUCGGUUCUUCUCUAUUUUUGGUUUUGUUUUUUCGUCACCACUCCAAUGCAUGUCGGAUCUGCUCCUGAGCGCUCUUAUCACUUUCUUGCUAUUUAUUCUCAACAGUCCUUUUAAAAUUUUUAUUUUACUAUUCUUAUUUUUAGUUUAUUUUUUUUAGUAGAACGGUUCCGGGCAGGACAUUCUCUUUGAAGGAUCAUCUGAAACUUGGUGAUGAAACGCGGAGCCUUGAGUUUGCUGGAGUUUUUCCUCGCAAGUGUUGCGAAACACAUGAGCAGGCUCUCGGCUGAGCCCAGGACUCCCAUAAAAACACACACGCGCGCACACACACAAAUGGUUUUUGCCUUCUUCACCCCCUUGCUCAGACUAGACCUUGCUCCACCACCCACCUCUGAUUUCUGUCAGGUCAGACCAGGCCAGUUGGACCUGAUGUUAAUACCCGAAAACAAAAUGUGUAUUCUCCUUCUUUUAUGGCUUUUUUUUUUUCUCGACACAGUUGUGCACUGGAAAAAAGAGGGUUAACUGUCUCAACCCCCCCCCCCCACCCCCACCUCUUACAUACACUUUACCUCGUCAUUUGACCGGUCCCAAAGAGCGGAACACACAACCAGCGUGUACAUGAGUGUCGGAACGAUCACCAAAAAAAAAAACAAAUGGUGAAUAACUCUCACAUACUUUUCGUUUGCUAAUAUAUUUUUGUGUUGUUCUAAUAAUUUGGGAUCCCUAAAAUGUUUUGGGUUUUCUGUUUUCGUUUCAGUGGGUCAGUUUAUAUCAUUGUUGCCUUUUUUGUUAUUGUUGUCGUGCACCGUUUGACAUCAUUUUUAGCAAAUUCGGGAUUUCUCAAUGGUGGCGGCGAUGACGCCAUUUUGAAAUUCUUCCCCCUUAUUCUAACAGCCAAGACACAUUUUUUGUUCAGUCCCAAUUCAAAUUUCUUUUUCCGUGCUCGCCUCCGGUUUGUUGAGGCAGCAUAGGAACACACACACACACACACACAGAGGGGUGGAAACGGGACAAGGCUUGGUCACUGCAUUCUAACAUGAUGACACACUGUUGUUAAUUUUAUUUCCUUUUGAUUUUUUUUAAGUCCAAUUUUCUUUCAAACUUGAUCGUUGUAUUAAGGUGCAGGGUAUCGUAUUCUGAUGAUUAUUCUGGCUGUUGCUGUUAUGUCUUUCAGGGUUUUUUGAUUUUAUCUCGCAUUAUUUUUGUUUUGUUUUAGCAUUGCUGUAAUUUACUUUGAUUUUUAAAUGUGUUUUUCAGCAAACUCUAACUGUAGUGGUGGGUUUUGGGGGGGGGGAUUUUCAGUUCAUGAAAUGUUUUUUUUUUUCGUGCAAAGAUGAAUUGAUGAAAAAUUAACAAUGAUAGUAAUAAAACAAUGCUAUAAUGAUA